AUGCAAACUGCUCGUUCGGGGUGUCAGAAGGAGCAGGAAACUGCGUCGGGGCACUCAGAUCUGUUUACACGCCCCCCGACGGUGAAGGGUGAGAAGGUGGCGGCGGCGCUGGCGUCCGGCUGCUCGGUGCCCGGCGGCAGCAGGAGGACUCUGGAGUUCUGCCUGGCCUGGGACAUGCCCACCGUCAGCUUCGGGUCCAGGGAGAGGGAGCACGUCAGGAGGUACGCCCGUUUUUUCGGGAGCAAAGGGGACGCCUGCCCCUCGCUCUGCCACCACGCACUAACGCACUACACACAGUGGGAGGAACGCAUCGAGGAGUGGCAGAGGCCCAUCCUCCAGGACAGCCCGUUUCAGCCCCGGUCAGGAGGGACGAUUCCGGGAUCCACCGGCUUCCUGGAGGGGGGGCGCUCUGGGCCCGGUUUCCGGUCGGUUUCCGGUCGGCUCGUUCCAGCUCGUGAGCUGGCAGAAUAUGAGAAAGUGUCCGAUCAUGUGAAAAUCACCCAGAAAGGUAUAAAUGACAUUUUUUAUUGUGAAAUCAAAUUAAAAGAACGUUUGUUUUCAGACUUGGAGCAAGACGGCUUCUGCAAAAACCCGUUUUUUCACGGGAUCGUCGCCGAGGUGCCGGAGAAGCUCCGAUCCAAAGACGGCCACACAAAGAUCGGCUACGCUCUGUACUUCUACUCGUACAGCUCCUGGUCGGGCCGAGCCGUCUACAUGGAGGACCUGUACGUGAUGCCAGAGUUUCGAGGGAAGGGCAUUGGGAAAGCACUUAUGAGCAAGGUGGCACAGGGGCUCCCCCCCCCGGAGCGCCUCCUGGUGACCGGGGCCCUGCUCAGCUUCCUGGAGACGUACCUGGUCUACGGGAACCGGGACGAGCUGCACUACGACAAAGUGGUGGAGGAGGCGAAGCCCCUCCGGCGUCUGCACGUCGGGGCCCUGCUGGAGACUCAGAGGCUGAGGGGGGGACCCCCAGACCCCCCCGGGGGGGACCCCGAGAACCAGGGUUCCGGAGGGCCUCUCUGA